AUGGGUCGCUCGCGUGUUCUCUCGUUUAUAUCAACCUUCGGAGGUCCCAAAAAUAAUGAUUCGGUCAAGGACAGCCAAAAGUCGACCGUGACCCCGGCCCAGACUCCCCCGAGGUGGCAGACCCCGUCCCCCGAAACCCCAUCGCCCCCGGCCGAGCUGUCGCCCGUGAGUGGCUCCGGUCCACGAGGUGAUGCUUUCGGUUCGCGACCUGCGUCGACCGUCUUCUCGCGCAACCCGCCCCUGAUGCAGCAGGAGGAGGAUACGCCGCCAGAGCUGUCGCCGAUCUUCUCCUUCCUCAAUAUCCACACGAACAAGGUGUAUCACGAAGGGUAUUUUCUGAAACUGAGCGACUUGGAUUCUCACGGGCGGCCUUCUGCAGAUCGACAAUGGCUGGAAUGCUAUGCGCAACUGGUCGGGACCGUUCUCUCACUCUGGGAUGCUGCCGCGCUGGACGCGGCAGGCGGCGAAGAGGUUCCCCCGACGUUCAUCAAUCUGACCGAUGCGUCUAUCAAAAUGAUUGAAACCUUGCCGAUUCGAAAUGGAGCGGUGCCGCCACUGAAGAACGUCCUGAGUCUGUCAUCCGCGGGCAAAAACCGAUAUUUACUCCAUUUCAACUCGUUCCAUUCGUUGGCGCAAUGGACCGCAGCAAUUCGCCUUACUAUGUACGAACAUACGUCUUUGUACGAGGCCUAUACCGGCUCGCUUAUUGCCGCAAAAGGAAAACAUCUUCCUGGUAUCCAGUCCAUCCUGGUCCCCACCCGGUUUAAGCAUGAAGACUGGGCACGAGUGCGCUUCGGAGCGGGCACUCCGUGGAGGCGAUGCUGGUUUGUGAUUACACCACCAGAUGAGAAGGAGAUCCAAAAGGCGCGGAAAUCGAUGAAAAAAUCGGCCUAUGAUCGCUUGACAAUGCCGGUGACCGGACACAUCAAAUUCUACGAGACAAAGAAGACCAAGAAGGCCCAGCCUAUCGCCACAGUCACCAACGUGUACUCGGCCUAUGCGAUUUAUCCCCAGUCCAAGGCUCUCAUCGAUCAAUCAACCCUGGUCAAGCUGGAAGGACGAAUUCACAUCCACACCCAGCCGCAAUCCUCCUCCGAGGGUUAUGUUUUUGUCAUGCCCGAGGUCCAUCCUGCAGUGUCCGGCUUCGAGACGAUGCUCCGAUUCCUCUUCCCAACUUUCGAUACAUUCAACCUUUACGGCCGUCCCACGCGCCUGGUCGCCGAUACCAACCACAUCAAGAGCAUUAUGUUUGCUUUUCCGAAGCAAAGACGUUAUGGCUACCUGGAUGUUUUGGACAUUGCCGCCCUCCUCCAGACUCCGGGCAGUCAAGAAUGGACCGAGGCAGACUGGAGGAGACAGCUCAAGGAAGCAACCCAGCGGCGCAUUUCGGCCGGUCGAAGUCGAACCAACAGUGUCAAUAGUAGUCGACCACGCUACCGUUCCAGUAUCUCAAUUCGGAACGGUGAAACCCCGACUAGUACACCUCCUCGUCGCCAAUUCCCCACUCCCGCGGGCAAGUCUGAAUUCAACCAGUCUACCGAGGCCAUCGUUCGUGAAGUCCCAAGAAACGACCAGGCACAGGCAGUCUACCACUCUCGCGGGCUUUCAGAUACUACAGGCUUGCAAUCGGGUCACCGGCAUGGGCAAGAGUCCAUGUUCGACCGCUCUCCUCACUCAUCGGCUCAGGAUUUGACGCAGCGAGAGAAGCUACAAGCUGCGGUGGCGCCAAUUGCGGAGCGCAGUAGCUCCGAGAGUGACCGGGCCCCGUAUGAGGAUGCACAGACGGGAUUAUACGAGGAUCGGCUGCCACCACGCACUCCGCCCUCUCCCGUUGCAAGCCCACCGGCUUUCUCACACGGCCCCAGGGAAAAGCCCACCAACCGGCCGGAACCGACUGCAGAACAGAGAUUGGCACAUAACCGGAUGUCUCAUGGAACUCUCUCCCAACUUGCGGCAGUGGGAACGAUGGGCAUGAACGGAGCUGCGGUUGCACGGCAUGACCAGCAGUCUCACCCCAACAACUACCACAAUCCGCACGACAGGGACUUUGGCAACGCUGAUGCCCAUUAUCCUUCCUCAUCUCACAAUGCUCCACCUGCAUACUCUUCGAACGAGACAGUUGGUCUGGCGCUCCCAGUGCAGCCGCCCCAAAACACCAAGCACCGUCCGAACACUCCCAACUCGUCGGGCACCCCGUCACCUCAGCAACUCCAAAUCGACACCUCUAGAUCUGUGCGUCGCAAGCCGCUUCCUCAAAGGGAUCUUUUCAACGGACCGGUGUCCCCUGGGGGAGAGCCCAGCAUGGAUGAUCUUCGUCACACCCUCGAUGAAGAAGUGCUGAACCGAAUCGCUCCUCAUCUCCCAUCACCAGUCUCACCGACCAGGAAUGAGGAUGAGAGUGUGUAUGAUGAUGCAUCCACCAUCUCGCCUGAUUAUGCAAGCACCCAUGGCUCAAUAUACAGCAAGAAAUCCGUCAAAUCUACUACCAGACCUAGAAUGGGAGUGAUGAAAACGGUGGGAGAAGGGCCCUCGAAGCAGGACGUGGUCAUCGGGGAUGCUCACUAUUCUACGGAUAAGCCGGCGACAUCGAACCCCGACAUUCCCACGGUAGAUUUCGGUCCAACAUUGACCUACAUGCCUACCACCGGGCGCCCCAAUACAUCUGGGCCUUCGAGGAAGCCCGUGAACCCACGGAACGACUCAGAGGCAGAGAGGCUGAAGUUAUCGGUGCCCCUCCACGCCAUGGACCGGGACCAUUCUCGGUCUCCCAGCCAAGAUGAGUUCCGACGGAGCAUGUUGUGGCAGCCGGGAAUGACUGCUGGCCGCCCGACCACUCCUGGAGGUCUCACCCCGGAACAGUUUGUGCAGCAACGAGCUGCGCCCAGUCCUCAGAUGCACGUUCAUCACCGAACCUCUUCGAACCACACACCACCUCCGCAGCGACCAGCCUCGGGUGAUUGGACACAGCAGGUUCGACCAGGCACGCAGAUGACCAAUCAUCGGGAUCCCAACUACCGACCCUCUUCUCGCGGCACCAACGCCAUGAUGGGUUACAAUGACGUUUCUACUCACCUCUCUGCCCGUGAACAGGAGCAUGUGGCCCGUAUGACAGGGUCCUCGUUCUUCAACAUGUCGUCGAACGACAACCGAAAGCCGGAGGCGCAAAUGAACCCCCGUGGGCUUGUUUCAGCCAUCGAUGCCCGUGAACGCGAAAGACGCGAGAUGAGGGAGGGAAUGUCCAACCAGAUGGUUCAGCAUGCAAUCGCUCAGCGCCAGCAGCGGAUGCAGCAGCAGCAACUCGCGCCCCCAUAUGCCGGUUCCAUGUAUGCGCCUCCGCAGUCUCAGGAUCCCAUGUACAGCAUCCCCGGAGCCAGCCACACCUGGGAUGCCCUCCAUCAAAUGAACCGCCCCGAUGAGCCGCGCCGUCGAUCCUGGUAUGGACAGCUCGCUCAGGCGCCACCCAACCCUCCGAGCUACCAGCAAAGCCAGCACUAUUCCCAACACCCUGGUGGCUACUACAACAAUGCCAACAUUACCCAUUACUAG